AUGUCGGACAACGAGGACCGCGAACACGACGAGACGCUGGAAGAAGAGACGAUGGAGGACGAUUCGAUCGUCGCCGACGACGGUGAAGAAGGAGAGGACCAAGACCACGAAGAAGUCACCGAGGCCGAGCUCUCCACCGCCGGCUCGUCAAAGUCCAAGUCGAAGAAGAAGGGCGGCAAGGGCAAGAAGGGCAAAAAGGGCAAGAAGAACAUCGACAGCGGCGCCCCCAACCCGGCCACCGCCUCCUCAGACGAGAUCGCCGAGUACCACGGCUUCACCAACGAGGAUCUCGAAUACAGCAACGAAGACUUUGCCACCAUCACCUCGCUGCGGGCGUGGACGACCACCUUCCACCCGCGCCUCAUGGAGAUCAACCCGGGCGUCAACGCGACGAAGCUGCUGCCACUUCUCAACGCCAAGUACCGCGAAUUCCAGGAAGAAGCACUCAAUUCGGGCAAGGCGCCGGCCAAGAAGGUGAUUGGCAAAUCUGCCGCGGUCGCCACGCCAGUUGCUGAAAAGACUGAGAAGAUCACCAACGAGGAUCUCGCAUACAGCGACGAAAACUUUGCCACCAUCACCACCCUGCGGGAAAGCGUCGAAAACAUAGAAGCGAUCCCGACCCCGAGGGUGCCACCCCUAAAACUGCCCCCGCUCUCUAUCUACUACAAGGCCGAGAAGGCCGCCGCCGACCGGAAGAAGCGCAAAGAGGAGGGCAUGCUGGAAGAGGAGCACCAAGAUUACUGUGAAGCGUGCCAGAAGGGCGGUGAGGUGCUGCUCUGCGACACGUGCCCGAAGGUCUACCACAUGGUGUGCGUCGACCCGGACAUGGAGGAAGCCCCCGAAGGGAGGUGGAGCUGCCCCCAGUGUGAAGAAAAUGAGCAAAGCAUCGAGGAUGAUGAUGAGGACGCAGGACGCCCAGAAGCCGAGCGCGUGCUCUCCUGGCGGUGGAUACAAAUCCACCCGGAGCCGGAAGCCCGCCCGGCUGACGCCGACCCUACCGAGCCACGCCCGCCUCGCAAGAUGGAGCCCCGUCGCGAGCGGGAAUUCUUCAUCAAGUGGAAGUACAUGUCGUACUGGCACUGCGAGUGGGUCAACGAGUCGGUGCUCGACGUCUGGUACCCGCACGUGCUGCGAAUGUACUGGCGGAAGGCCGACCCGGAAGUGCCGCCCGAGGUCGACGACGGAUCGACCGAGGACAUGGACACCGGCCGCAUCGACAACAAGGAGAAGGAGAAGAACCCGCACAACCUCGAGGAGAAAUACUACCGAUAUGGGAUUAAGCCCGAGUGGAUGCAGGUCCACCGGGUAAUCAAUCACCAAGAAUACAGCAAGACCCAAUUCGGCUACCUGGUCAAGUGGAAGGAGCGCGUCUACGGGCAGGCCACGUGGGAACGCGACGACAUGGACAUUCCACUCUACGAAGACGCCAUCCUCAAGUACUGGAGCCACCGCGAGAAGAUGGUCGGCGACACACCGCCCAAGCACAUCCGCAAGCUCAUCGAGAAGAAGCGCGAGGCCAAGGGCCUGCCGGCCACCGACGACGAGCCGAGCACCAGCGACCGCAAGAAGGAUAAAAAGAAGCAGGACAAGUCGGGCGGCGUCGUCAAGUACGAGGUCCAGCCCGACUACCUCGACGAAACCGGCGGCAAGCUGCACCCAUACCAGCUGGAAGGCUUGAACUGGCUGCGCCACAGCUGGUCGAACGGGACCGACACGAUCUUGGCUGAUGAGAUGGGUCUCGGAAAGACCGUGCAGAGCUCGACGUUCCUCUACACGCUCCUGAAGGAAGGACAUUCGAAGGGCCCGUUCCUGAUCGCCGCGCCCCUCUCCACGAUCAUCAACUGGGAGCGCGAGAUGGAGUUCUGGUGCCCCGACUUCUACGUCGUCACCUACGUCGGCGACAAGGACUCGCGCGAGGUCAUCCGCGAGCACGAGUUCCCGUUCCUCGAGGGCGCCGUCAAAAGUGGAGCCAAGGCGAGCCGGCUGAAGACCGAACAAGGCAUCAAGUUCCACGUGCUCCUCACCUCCUACGAGCUGAUCAACGUCGACAAGGCAAUCCUCUCUUCGAUCGAAUGGAAGGCUCUCGUCGUCGACGAAGCUCAUCGCCUCAAGAACAACCAGUCACUCUUCUUCCGCACGCUGCGCGACUUCAAGAUCGACUACCGCCUGCUGCUCACCGGCACGCCGUUGCAGAACAACCUCGAAGAGCUCUUCCAUCUGCUCAACUUCCUGGCCUACAAGCGCUUCAACAACCUCGAGGCGUUCACCCAAGAAUUCGCCGAGAUCUCGAAGGAGGACCAGAUCCAGAAGCUCCACUCCCUGCUCGGCCCCUACAUGUUGCGCCGCCUCAAGGCCGAUGUCCUCAAGAACAUGCCCAGCAAGAGCGAGCUCAUCGUGCGCGUGGAGUUGGCGCCGAUGCAGAAGAAGUACUACCGCGCCAUCCUCACCCGCAACUUUGAAGCCCUAUCCGUGCGCAACGGCGGAUCCCAAAUGUCGCUGCUCAACAUUCUGAUGGAGCUGAAGAAGUGCUGCAACCACCCCUACCUCUUCGCCAAGGCCAGCAUCGAGGCGCCGAAACUGAAGAAUGGGAUGUACGAGGGCCCGGCGCUGGUGAAGGCUUGCGGCAAAUUGGUGCUGAUGCAGAAGAUGCUGCGGAAACUGAAGGACGGCGGCCAUCGUGUGCUCAUUUUCUCACAGAUGACGCGCAUGAUGGACGUGCUCGAAGACUUUUGCGAGAACGAGGGCUACAAGUACGAGCGCAUCGACGGCUCCAUAACGGGACAAAUGCGUCAAGACGCCAUCGAUCGGUUCAACGCGCCCGGCGCGCAGCAGUUCAUCUUCUUGCUGUCGACGCGUUCCGGAGGUCUGGGCAUCAACCUGGCCACCGCCGACACCGUGAUCAUCUACGACUCGGACUGGAAUCCCCACAACGAUAUCCAGGCCCUCUCCCGUGCCCAUCGUAUCGGCCAGCAGAACAAGGUGAUGAUCUACCGUUUCGUCACGCGCAACUCGGUGGAGGAACGGAUCACGUCGGUGGCCAAGAAGAAGAUGUUGCUCACGCACUUGGUCGUCCGCGCCGGCCUCGGCCAGAAGGGGCCCAGCAUGAGCAAGACCGAGCUCGACGACGUGCUCAGAUGGGGUACGGAGGAGCUGUUCAAGGACGACGGUGAAGAAACGGGCGAGGGCGGCGAGAAGAAGGCGGCCGAGAAUGAGAUUGUGUGGACGGACGACGCUGUCGAUGUUCUUCUUGACAGAACUCGCGGCGAAGAAGAGAAGAAGGAGGAAGUCGACGGCAAGAAGAAGGAGCACUCUACGAACGAGUACCUCUCGUCGUUCAAGGUCGCUACCUACACGACGAAGGAGGUCGAGGAAGAGGAGGAAGAGCCUGAGGAGCGCGAGGUGAUCAAGCAGGCCGGAAGCGAGGACGACCCCGACUACUGGAAAAAGCUCCUGCGCCAUCACUUCGAGCAAGACCAAGAAGUCGAGAGCCAGAAGCUUGGCAAGGGCAAGCGCGUCCGCAAGCAGGUCAACUACGAGGAGCCGGCCGACGACGAUGGAAAACCCCUACCUUGGGCAAAGGUCAAUGGACAGCUGGAGGUCCUUGGGUUUAACCCCCGCCAGAGAAGGGCCUUCUACAAUGCCUACAUGCGAUGGGGAAUGCCCCCGCACGAGAGCUUCGCAAGCCAAUGGCUGGUACGAGAUUUGAAGGGCAAGUCGGAGCGCGCCUUCAGCGACUACAACGAUCUCUUCCUCCGCCAUCUUUCCGAGCCCGGCGGCGAAAAUCAGGGAGCUUUCAGUGAUGGUCUCCCCCGUGAAGGCAUCAACCGCCACCACGUCCUCAGCCGCAUCGGCGCCAUGAUGAUGAUCAGGCUCAAGGUGCAGGAGUUCGAAUCGUCAAACGGCGACUGGUCCGUGCCGGAGAUUCGCGACAACAUGCUCGAAGCGGCCGGAGCGAAAGAAGCAAAGGAUAGCCAGACGAACAGCCGCGAAGCCAGCCAAGCCCGGGAGGACAGCGCAUCUACCGCCCCGAAACAAGGAGCCUCGGAAAAUGGAGAGAACGCCGGCCCAGAAGCCAACGGCGACGAAGCAAUGGACACGACGGACGUGAAGCCGGAUGCCGAGAAGACCGCCUCGAAGCCGCUCGAUAAGAAGAACCGGCCGCCGUUCAAGUUCAACAUCGCCGACGGCGGCUCCACCGAGCUGCACACGCUGUGGCUGAACGAGGAGAAGGCGGCGGUGCCCGGGAACGAGUACGAGAUUUGGCACCGGCGUCACGACUACUGGCUGCUCGCCGGCAUUGUCACUCACGGAUACGGGCGCUACCAAGACAUUCAAGCCGAUCCGCGCUUCUCGAUCAUCAACGAGCCGUUCAAGAUGGAGCUGGGCAAGGGCAACUUUGCCGAAAUCAAGAACAAGUUCCUGCAGCGCCGUUACAAGCUUCUCGAACAAGCGCUGCUCAUCGAAGAGCAGCUUCGCCGCGCCUCCCACAUCAACAUUGUCAACCAGCCGCAGAACGACGGCACCGAACAGCUGGCACAGCGCUUCGCCGACAUCGAGAACCUCGCCGAAUCGAACGCGAACAUUGCGCGCGACUCGGCCGCCGGCAACCGCAACGCCAACGUCGUGCUCCACAAGACGCUCGCCCAACUCGAGGAGCUGCUCACCGACAUGAAGGCCGACGUCUCUCGUCUACCCGCCACACUUCAGCGUCUACGACCCGUCACCGCAAGGCUGGGCAUGACCGAGAGAGCCAUCCUACAACGACUCACCACAAAGGACACCGAGGCCGUCGCUGGAAAGAGCCCGUUGCCACCGCCCGGCCCGUUCUGCACGCCGACUUUGGGACAACAACUCGCCGGCAUCCAGCCCAAGUUUGCCGCGCUGCGUGAAAAGAACGGCGAUGUGAUGGACACGCCGCCGGAGUUGGACGAGAACGCCGAGAAGGAGGUGCCGACCCUGGAGAAGGAGGUGCCGGCGACCGAGGAGCCGAAGGAGGAGAUGGAGGUUGAGGAGAAGCCGGCGGCCCUGCAAGACGAGAUCAAGGAAGAAGCCGUCGCCCCAGCCGCUGAAGAAGCCCCAGCCCCCGUCGCGGCCGCCGAGGAGCAGCCCAUGGACUGCAGCGUCGAAGAA